AUGGUCUUCCCCGGGCUACUCUCCUCCAGCGAUAGGACGCCCUCGACGCGGUCCCGGGCGGGCGAGCCGGACCCCGAGUACAUCUACGAUGAGGCCCAGCUCGCGACCGCCCCGCCCGAGCGGCCCGACCUCCGCGAGCUCAACGCCAGCCUCGAGGCGCUGGCCGCGGCGUUUCCCGACGUGCAGGUCGAGGUGUUUCGGGAGCUGCUGCGGAAUUUCGACGGCGAGUCGCGGCUCGCGCUCGUGGCAGACGCGUUGCUCAAGAAUAGGGUCGCUUGGGUCAAGGGGCGGUGGAGGGUUGCCGAUGAGCCUCGGCCGGGGCAGGUGCCCAAGGCAGAGGUGUUCAAGAGCAAGGAGUACAAAACGGCGGUGCAGAAGCUGGCAUGGCACGAGUUCAAGGGUUUGUCGCGGUCGACGAUAAAUGCUGUUCUUGCAGAGUCCAACUAUUCAUAUCUCGAAGCCCGGCAGACGCUUGUGACUCUGUCGUCCAAGUCAUGGCGGUUCACGAUAUCGUCCCUCUUCUUCCGCCGAAAGCCCAUCGCGACGGGCGAGUCCGAGAACCACCCGUUGGUAUCAUGGAGGUCGACCGAUCAAGGUUCCAUAAUCCCCACGAUUCGAGCGACAGGCAGCGCCGAGCUGGACCGAGAGUUAUACGACACGUUGGUUGCGCCGCUCAAGGAAAAGGACAAGAGGGACAGAGAGGGUAGAGACAGAGGGCUGGCCAUGAUACUCAACAACGAAGAGGCUGAAGAGGCGGAAGCGACGCACGAGUGUGUGUGCUGCUACAUCUCGGCGGCGUUUGAAGAGUUUACGCAUUGCAACCGGGAGGGCCACAUGGUGUGCUUCCGAUGCGUGCAGCAUUCUAUCAAAGAGGCAGUCUUCGGCCAAGGCUGGAACAGCAGCAUAAACCCAGAAACUGGAACUCUCAAGUGUCUAUCCUCAGAAGGCGACGGAUGUCCAGGACACAUCCCACCAGAUCAUAUCCGCCGAGCCAUGGAAGAGGAAAAGAUGGGUGCCGAUAUUCUGCAUAGACUUGACCGUCGACUUGCAGAGCACAGUCUCUUGGCUUCAAACCUCCCUCUUGUUCGUUGCCCUUUCUGCGAUUACGCCGAGAUAGACGACAUCUACACUCCAGCCGCCGAUUCCGCCCUUCGCAUAAAAUCAGGCAGCAUCUACAAUCUCUUCUUCCUCGCCCUUUGCAUCGGCACCAUCCCAUUUCUCUUCCCGGUCGUGGUCCUUUCAUCCAUCAUCUGCCUCGUCCUCAGCACACAGUCCUUCGGUGACUACGUCUCGGUCGAAUGGACAAAGUCGGUCAACCGUCACCGCCGACGUCGCCGAGGCCUCAAAUUCACCUGUCAAAGCCCCGACUGCGGACGCACCUCAUGCCUCUCGUGUCAAAAAGCGUGGCGUGAUAUCCACGUGUGCAACGAGUCAUCUUUGGUGGCUCUUCGCACGCAGGUCGAGCAGGCAAUGAGCAUGGCCAUCAAGCGAGUCUGCCCUCGGUGCAACACGUCAUUCGUAAAGAACGCUGGCUGCAACAAGCUUACUUGUCCUUGUGGCUACAAAAUGUGCUACGUGUGUCGCGCUGAUCUCAGCGAAGAAGGAUAUCGUCACUUUUGUGACCACUUCCGACCAGACGGUGAUCCCACACCAUGCAGGGAAUGCGACCGCUGCAACCUGUGGGAGUCAGAAGACACAGAACAGGUACUGCAAGCCGCCCGCGAAGAAGCAGAGCGAAAGUGGAAAGACAUGGAAAACCGUGAUCUGUCAGGAACAGAGCGUGCAUUCCUCGAAACAGGCGUCGCGGCACAAAACCCAGACGGCAGCGUCGAGCGUGUUUUAUUCAGCGGAAGAAUCCCAACUCUCCCAGAAGUAUUCGAUCUCAUUGUGGAAACAAUCUUUGUUUAG